AUUCCAUUUAAAGAAAAAGUUGUGGACUAAAAGAGCUCCCUAUGCUCAGUAGCUGGGCAGUAUUAUAGAUUAUUGAUCACCAAAGUUCAAAUUUAUAUUAGGGCUUACAAUUUUAGCAUUUAAUCAAUAUGAGCUCAAAUAAUACUCCACAAUCUUGCAGGCUGGAAGGGAAGGUUGCUAUAAUAACUGGAGGCGCCAGCGGAAUAGGCGAAUCUACUGUAAGGUUGUUUCUUAAACAUGGAGCAAAGGUAAUUAUUGGAGAUAUUCAAGAUACUCUUGGUCACUCUCUUUGUCAAGAACUCAACUCAAAAGAAACUCUUUCUUAUAUCCAUUGUGAUGUAACUUGUGAUUCUGAUGUACAAAACGCUGUCAAUUUUGCUAUUUCCAAGUAUGGAAAGCUUGAUAUUAUGUUUAGCAAUGCUGGCAUCGCAGGAAACAUGGACUCUAUUAUAGACAUAAAGAAUGAAGAUUUCAAAAGGUGUUUCGAUGUUAAUGUGUUCGGUGCUUUCUUGGUAGCAAAACAUGCUGCUAGAGUUAUGAUUCCUGCAAAGAAAGGUUGCAUUAUUUUCACUGCAAGCAAUCUUUCAGUUACUUGUUUUCAGGGUAUGCAUCCUUAUAUUGCGUCGAAGCAUGCUGUAGUUGGUUUGGCUAAGAAUCUCAGUAUAGAGUUAGGUAAAUACGGGAUUAGGGUUAAUUGUGUUUCACCAUUUGCUGUUGCAACUCCAUUGUUUAGGAAAAGUACAGGGUUAGUGGACAUGGAGAAGGAGAAGAUCCAAGAAUUGGUAUCUGGGUCGGGUAACUUGAAAGAGGUUAUUUUAGAACCAGAAGAUGUAGCAGAGGCAGUUGUUUUUUUGGGAAGUGAUGAGUCUAAGUAUGUGAGUGGGUUGAAUUUGGUGAUUGAUGGUGGUUAUAGUCUUACUAAUCCAUCCUUUGAACUGGCAAUGAAGAGCUUACAAUCUAAUUAUUGAACUAUCCUAAUAUAUUUAACUCCUGUCUUGAGUUUUCAGUAAUUACGUUGUCAUCAAAAAAAUUAUUAAUUAAUAAAUUAUCAAUAUAUAGUUGUUUGCAUUUCAUA